AUGUACGACGUGCAAGAGCAACUUACACAACCAGAACUAUUUUUCAGUGAACAGAGAUACUCUCUACCUGCACAUCAACUCCCCAUGCUUGACUGCGUGGAUGAUGAUGGUGGAAAACUCAGAUCAGACUUGGCUACUGGUGGGGGACGGUGUCCCCAUAUACGGCACCACACUCAACAUAGAAUCCUCCGCAAUCUCCCUCAGCUUAUUAAGCUGAGGGAGCACCACUUUCCCAAGGUCCGGCCUAUCCUUCCUCCUGAGCUCCGCACACUGCAGCGCCAGCUGUGCCAGCAACAGGGCCUCCUCGACUGGCCAGUCGGGCACAGAUGGGUCGAGCAUCUCCCUAAAAGCCUCGCGCUCAAUGGCCCGCUCCACAUGGAAAAUAAUCCCGAGAGAGUAAAUGUCAGAUUUAACCCCGAGCAUGCCCGUCUGCUGGUACUCAGGGUCGAUGUAGCAGAAAGUGCCAGCUGUCGAGGUCAUUCGGUACUGGGUGACGUUAUCGGCCACGGACGGCGGGACGAGGCGCGCCAGGCCGACGUCGCUGAUCUUGCUGACGUAGUUUCGGUCGAGGAGGAUGUUGGCUGGCUUGAGGUCACGGUGGACGAGGGGCUCGGGCUUGGCCUGGUGGAGGAAGAGAAGGCCAGUGCCGAUCUCUGCUGCGAUACGGAACCUGUGCUGCCAGGACAGUGGAGAGGUGUUGCCGUGCAUGAAGAGACGGUCCUCCAGGCUGCCGUUGGACAUGUAUUCGUAGACGAGGCAGCCGUAUUCGGGGCAGGCGCCCAGAAGGAGGACCAUGUUCGGUACCUCUUGCUGAAACUGAGAUCUCCCUUGAGUAGCAUCGGGCCUGAGGACCUUCACCGCGACCGGACAACUUCAAUAUCUUCGAUCGUGUACUUCCUGUAUCGGGUGUCCGACUGUGCCAAUGAGCUGAACAUCCUCGUCUUCUCUUCUGCUUCUUUUAGGGCCUUCAUUUCUGCAUUGAUCCGCUUCUGGGCCUCCAGCUCGGCUAGCCUCUGGGCGGCUUCGGCAUGUUCGAGGGCCGCUUUGGACCUGGCCUUUUCUUUUUCUGCUAGGGCAAGUGCGGCUUCUUCUGCUAACCGGGCCUCUUCCAGCCUCUUCUGUUCUUCCAUUUUCCAGCGCUGGAGUUCCAUUGCCUACAAUAUUAGGGAAAAGAAUAAUUAA